UAUCGUUCAUAAAGUCCACGUGUCGACUGUACAUGUAUAUGUACAUGUACAACAUGUACAUGUACAUUCUACAUCAUCCAUGCUCUUCAUGUCCUUGUCCAUAUGUACGGGGACCCAUGUACGUAUCCACACAUUAUCGCAUCACGAUAUGAUCCAUCACUAGACGCUGGCCGAGAGAAGAGGGAGUGCAAGUCGCGCUGAGCAUUUAAAUUUUUGAAUGACAUGAUGUGACAGAGUUCUCCAUCCUUCAUAAACACAGCCCAUCAAGUACGCUCUCGGAGUCCAGGUCAUAAUGGCCAGAAUACAGGCAACCAAGGACCUGUUCCUUCGCUCCAUGUCUGCCAUCUACCUCUUUGCCUUUGCGUCGCUGUACGUGCAGAUACCAGGUCUGUAUGGGGACAACGGCAUCCUGCCGGCCAGGGUUGUUUUGAAGCCGGACGGCCGCCCGGCAGAGAAACGUUUUCAGGGGCGCCCCUCACUCCUGUGGCUGCUGCCCCAACUAGGGCUGGACACCCAGGAAGGGAUGGAACUCGUCUGCAUCCUGGGCUGUGUCUUUGCAGUGGUUGGCCUGAUGUCGCAACGGAUGAGAGACAGCGUCGUGUUUGCUCUUCUGUGGUUCCUGUACACAUCGGUUUACCAGGUGGGCCAGACUUUUCUCUGGUUCCAGUGGGACAUCCUGCUUCUGGAGGCAGGGUUCCUGACCAUCAUUGUCGCGCCCUUCCACCUCCGCAAAUGGCGGCGGCCAGCCAUAGCCCAGCAUGAUACCAUCACACUCUGGUUGGUGCGCUGGCUGCUCUUCCGGCUCAUGUUUGCCUCAGGUGUGGUCAAGCUGACCAGCAUGUGCCCUACGUGGUGGGGGCUGACAGCACUGGACUGGCACUACGAGUCGCAGUGCAUCCCAACGCCUCUGGCCUGGUACGCCCACCAGUUACCGCAGUGGUUUCAGAAGCUUAGCGUUGCCAUGGUCUACCUGAUAGAAUGCGCCACGCCGUUCCUUUUCUUCGUUCCAGUCCGGAACCUCAGGCUGUUCUCUUGGUUCUCGCAAAUCUUGUUGCAAGUUCUCAUCAUGCUGUCCGGCAACUACAAUUUCUUCAACUUGCUGACAGUGACGCUGUGCAUCCCUCUGCUGGAUGACCAGUUCCUGGGCAAAGAUAAAGCAGCUGCCAUGAGUAAUUCUUUCAUAGCUAGAGUGGGCCGUGCCUUGACUAAGUUGGUGUCCUUUGCAGUCUAUGCCUUCAUGGUGUAUGGGAUGAUCAGACUGUUCAAUCUUAGAGUGAACUCUGAUAAAUACAGCAUAGAAGCUGAAGUAGCCUUCUCUGAGGACAGCUUCUUUGAUGGACUGAGAGAGAUCAUGCCGUAUACGAUAUGGAUGGGCAAGAUCUCAUUGAGUGCUGAAAUCCUCAUGGCUCUGUGGAGAUCUGUCUCACAAGAGCGAGGAAUUCUGGCCAAGUUGUGGUCUGUCGGCCAGUGCGUGGUGUUUACUGGUUUAGCCGUCUACAUGUUCACAAUCAGCCUGGUGCCACACAGCGUCGUUGAUCGGACAGCAUCAGCCAGCAUUUCCCCUGAGGUGCGGCAACUCCAUGACAACGCCCAGACACUAAACUUGGUCCACUCCUAUGGCCUGUUCAGAAGGAUGACUGGGGUCGGGGGUCGACCAGAAGUCAUCAUGGAGGGGAGUAACGACCCUCGCGCAGGAUGGAAGGCCUAUGAGUUCUUGUACAAACCAGGAAAUGUAAGCAUAGCGCCACCAUUUGUGGCACCCCACCAGCCUCGGCUUGACUGGCAGAUGUGGUUUGCCGCCCUGGGAAGCUACGAGCGGGCUCCGUGGUUCGUCAACUUUGCCUACAGGCUUUUGGAAGGCAGACCAGAAGUUUUGGAUUUGAUAGCCAGCAAUCCCUUUCCAGAGAAACCUCCGAAGUUCAUCCGAGCAAACCUGUACACAUAUCACUACACCACUUUCAAGUCUGGCUCUCCUUCAUGGUGGAAGAGGAAAUUUGAACGGGAGUACAUGCCACCCAUAUCCAAAGAGACGUCUGGACUUAAAGAACACCUGAAACGCAGUGGAAUAGUCCAGGAAAGCCCUAAGAGAGGCUCGAAAAAAAAGACCCAAGAACCUCAGGACAAUGCGCUGAAGAGAUUGUUGGCGAUUGCAAGAAGUUUCUUUGGAGUGCUCAAAGGACCAACCCUUAUUUUCUCCCUGUUCCUACCUGCUGUGGUCGUAAGUGUAGCAAGCUGAACACAACGGAAAGAAGAAGAAAAAGAAGAAAAAAAACUAGAGUUGAAGUCAGCAAUUUGAUCAACUGAGCCUUGAAAGUAGUAUUUACCCUGCUACCUGGGUGCGAUUUCAUUGAACUGCCAAAUUUUUCUGAGUCUCAGUUAAAAAUUAGGCUAGGAUCAGACAUAAAACUGUCAAUUUCUAUUAAUAUUUGGCUGAUAGAUGUUUCUAUUUGAUUGCCUGCUCCAUGGAAAUGAUUGGCUUACACGUAAAGAAGGGGAAGGGAAGAGCGUAGAUUUUACAAUUUGUGUUAUGUUUUUUUAGUUUUACUUUUAGACUUUCGAAGUUGAAAUCCAGAGUCACCGGUCAGUCACAUGUCAGAACAUUUAUCAAAAAAUUUAGGUCUAAUUUCAUCUGUCAUGCACGAGAAAAAGGCAAGGAACAGAGUAAAAACGCUGAAAAGAAUGACAUCUGUCAAAGUUGUUAUUUCUGUGAAUGGUUUGACUUCUGAUGGACUUUGUGAUUGCCUUCUUAUGGACUCAAUGACAAUUCUCAUUCGUAGCACGCCAUUUGAUUUCAAAGUCAAAGGGCCACCCAUUUAAUUACAUUAUACAGUUGGUAUUCGCUGUAGGAGUUAAAAUCAUAUAAGGGAGGGUUAGAAAAGAGACGGGAGUAUGAAUACUGUCGUUCCACCAUCUUGGUUUGUGUACCUAGAAGGUAUUGAUAGACUACUGGUCCGUUGACAUGUACAUUGUUAAAGGGUAGCAGGAAGGAAUUUGUCUUCACAAUUUGUCUGCAAGUUGAGACUCCUAGGUUAAAUGCAUCGAAACGUGCAUUUUUUUUUACUGGCAACUGCGUGUGCUGUUGCUAUGAUGUCAUUUGUGGAAAACAUUGUUCAGUGCAUAGGUUUUCUGUCCCAAUUAUGAAUCAAAGGUUUACUCAUAGUAAACAUUUCUGAGAAAGGGUUACACGCUUGUUUAUUGUGAUGUACUUAAACGACAAUGAACCAAAAAGGCAGCAAAGUACCCUUUUGUAAUGGUAAAACAAAAAAUUUAAAAAGACGCUUACUGAGAUUGACACAAAGGUGCGUUUUUGCGGUUCAUAUUAAAACACCCCCCCCCAAAAAAAAUUAAAUUUUAGAAUCCCCUUACCUUUUAGGCAUGCUUGCACGCUUGCAAGUCACAGCUCCUGGCGAAAAAGGAUGUGUGCAUGCGUUGUUGCGACUUUUGGUGCCACCAUAACAAUGGCAUUAAAUAUAUGAUCAUUAGUCUGUGGGUUGACCAAUGCUAGGAGGAAAGUGUGAACACAAUAUCAAAGGCUGCAUCCUGGAUAGAAAGAUAAUGUCGUCCAGAGUUGUCAAUAAGAUAAUUGGAUAAUGAUGAUAGAAGAAUCCGGCUUUGUACAAAGAGUAUUUCUUUUCGUUCUCAACUCUAAAGUGUCAGGCUCACACUGUCUUUAAACUCUUGUCUUUUUUGGUAAAUCGAUUGUUAUUUCAUCAAUUUUUGACACAGAUGUGUAAUUUGUAGACUAAUCUAUGCACUUUACUGAAAUAUCACUCUUACGCAUCGUUUAAAACGGCUCACUUUACUAAGCAAACAAUCAGUGAGGUAAUAUGUUCAGGGAACAAUCAGACCAUUGAUUGUAAUACAUUCUGUGAAUAGUUACAUGUUUUAUAAAUAGCCCUAAAGGUGUUAAUUUUUUUAUCACGAAUAUACUUUGUCAAAGACAAUUGAUAAGUUUCAUAUUAAUAUCCACUGUAAAGUGGGUUGAUUAGUUCAGAAAUUGUAUUGUAAGGACGCAGACAUUUUGUCAAGUAUACCACGAGUGGCUAGAAAUAAUUAUGUACAGACUUCCUUAAUUUUAUGAACUGUUUGGAAUUAGCAGUUAACAGAAUACAAACUGUCUUCAGAAA